AUGUCGAUAAACUUUUUGGGGUUGCCAGAAAAAUCGGUCUUGCCAAAUAGGACCAAAGAAAUAACCUACGUAUUUAUUGGCGAUGAGGCAUUUGCUUUAACUGAAAAUUUAAUAAAACCUUUCUCUGGCACUUAUAAUAAAAAAUCAGCCGAAAGGAUUUUUAACUAUCGACUCAGUAGAGCUCGACGAGUGGUAGAAAAUGUAUUUGGAAUUUCUUCGGCAGUAUUUCGAGUACUGAGAAAACCCAUGUUAUUGGAGCCGGAAAAGGCGCAAUUAAUUGUAUUGACGGUGGCGUAUCUUCACAACUUUUUAAGAAGAAAUAAUAAUUCCCGUUCGUUAUACUCCCCUGCAGGCACUUUUGAUUCAGAUCAAAAUGGAGUAUUCGUUGAAGGUAAUUGGAGACAAGAAAGAAAUUCAAAUUCACUGAUUCCAAUAACGAACAUUUCUCGGAGAUCACCACUAAGUGCUCAAGAAAUUCGCGACGAGCUUAAAGAGUAUUUUAUUACUAAUGGACGUUUAGAAUGGCAAAAAGAAUAUGUAUAAAUAUUAUAAAUUGUACUAUAUUUUACGUACCUUCUCUGUAUUUAACUUUGCUCGCGGUUCGUCUUUGUCCAAUAAAUAUUGC